AUGAGCAAUUUGAAUCCUGGUAAUUUUCUGGCUUUUGUGAAACUAGCAGUAGAGUUGGAAUGCCCUGCUUUGAAGGAACACAUGAUUGCACAAAUAAAACGAUCUAAAUAUUUCUCUGUUCUUGGCGAUGAGGCAGUAGAUAUAAGCAACAAAGAACAGAUGCGAUAUAUUGACAGUAAAGAUAAAAUUAGAGAGACAUUUUUAAAGAUGGCAGAAUGUAAACUUGGUUGUUCUGGUAAAGGGCUGUCAAAAACUAUAAUUGAUGCUGUGGAGCAAAACAACUUGGACAUGAAUGAUUGUAGGGGACAAGGCUAUGAUGGAGCAGGUGCAAUGGCUGGAAAAUGUUCAGGAGCAUCCACAUUGAUUAAGAACAAAUUCCCCAAAGCCAUUUAUGUUCAUUGUGCAUCUCACAGGUUGAACCUAUGUGUUGCAGUUGGCUGUAAGCUCCCCAUGGUUGCUGAUAUGAUGUCACAGUUUCAAGCAGUGGCAUUGUUUUUUUACUGUUCGCCUGUCAGAACUCAUGUUCUGAAAGGUGUCAUAGAGGCUGUGUCACCUGAGAUUGUCCAUUCAGUAGUUUUGAAUAUUUGUCGUACAAGAUGGGUAGCCAGGCUGGAUGGACUUGACUAUUUCUGUGAUUUAUUACCAUCUGUCAUGCUCACUUUGGAGAAAAUCACAGAAAAUAGAGACAAAUCCUUCAGUCGUAGUAACAUGGAUGCUGCAAGACCACUCCUUCUAGGCAUAUGUCAGUUUGAAUUCAUUGCUGUGUUGGUAAUUGUUCAAAAGGUUUUGGGUUACACUCGUGGUCUCACUGUGAAAUUACAGAGUAUUGAAUCUGAUCUUGUUAAAACAUCAAGGAACGUGCUUUUGUUGAAACGAACACUGCAAGUGAUCAGAUCAGAUAUUGACACCCAUUUUAAUAAGUGUUGUAACUAUGUUGCCAAUGGAGUGAAAGAGUACCACAAAUUGGCUGUUGCUAUUCCCUUCAUCGAUCAUAUACUGCAAGAACUGGACACUAGAUUUUCUAUUGACAAUCUCAGUGUCUACUCUGGUUUCAGCAUCAUGCCAACUACCAUUCUUUCAGAUGAGGGUCGUGUUCUUGUGGGAGACCAACCAACAUGGAAAGUUGAAUUUUCUAAAUUUAUUCAGAGAUAUCGUGAUGAUAUUCCUGCUCUGAGUAACUUGUACGCACAUAUGUGGAAAGUUAAGUGGAGAACAUUCACCGGAGUGUUACCUACCACAUUGCAAGGUCUGUUAAAACACACUGACAAACUUUUAUUCCCAUCGAUACAUGAAGCGAUACGAAUUCUAGCUACUAUACCUGUCACUACUUGCACCUGUGAGAGGAGUAUUUCAGGUUUACGUCGUGUGAAGACAUGGAUGAGGAAUACAAUGACAAAGGAAAGAUUGAACAGUCUCUGUGUUAUAAUGUUCAAUCGAGAUGUGACUGUUGAUUUAGAUCAAGUUGUAGAUGAAUUUGCAGCUGCUAACAAACCCAUAAAUUAUAGGUUAAACAUGGUGUACACAGUGUUGUAA